GUGCUGUGCCUACAUUGGUGUGUGCUGUACCACUGUACUGCACCUUACGUGGAAGUCAUUUCUCCGAAUUAAGAAAUGUGAAAAAACAGUACUUUCUAUCGAUAAAUUAAACAAAAUUUAUAUUUCAAGUUUCCUUGUAAUCUCAUCAAGAUCUGGAAUGGCCAGGUGUUAAGAAGCCAAAAAAUCGGCUCUGGAAGUAUUGAAUGUAUCGGAGCAAUAAGUAAAAGAGAGAAAGAUGGAGGCAGCAGAAGUAACAUUCCUUUUCCAGUUUGGAUUGCUGCGUGACACAGUCACUGUAGACUCGAGUCAAUUGACUCUGAAAUCUCUUAAAGAAUUUGCUUGUGAUUUUAUUAAUAGCAAGUGUCCUGAUCAUGGCUUAAGUCAAUUGUUCGAUAGACUCUUAUUGUUCAAACAUGACUACAACUCCACCAAUAUCCUGCAGCUCAUCACAAAUGCGAUGGAAAUUGUCGACGAAACUUUGGUGGAAAUAGUUCUCACUGCACAAGUACUGACCGAACAAAUCCCAAUUCGGCCACAUGCCUUAUCAGUGCAUUCUUACAAAGCGCCUACUUUUUGUGAUUUUUGUGGAGAAAUGCUCUUUGGUCUCGUUCGCCAAGGUCUAAAAUGCGAAGGGUGUGGCAUGAACUACCACAAGCGAUGUAUUAUAAAAGUCCCAAAUAACUGUUCUCAAGAUGCGAGUCAAAGACGACAUAGCUCGACACUUUUGAAUGUUCCAAGAUCUCCAAGUCAGAGUUCCACGAGUAGUUUAACAAGUGCCAGUGACGACAACCACAGUACGACUCUCACUCCUAGCACGAGUCAAAACAACAGUACCCUGGCAAUUCCGAGUAUCGUGACACCAAAGCAAUCUCGGUCUCCAUCGUUAGGAGGAAGACCAGUCUGGGUGGAACGAGAAAUGGCGACUCGAAUAAAAAUUCCACAUACGUUUGUGGUCCACACGUACACGAGACCGACAGUUUGUGCUUUCUGUAAAAAAUUAUUGCGUGGGUUGUUCAAACAAGGCCUCCAAUGUAAAGACUGCCAAUACAAUGCACAUAAAAAAUGCAUUGAGAGAAUUCCCAAAGACUGUACUGGGGAAAAUCCAUGUGACAACGCAGGUAUCGAAUAUCCUGAUAGUGGGGUUGGUAGUGAACCCGAAGGAAGAUGUGAUGGUAGAAAUGAAGAAGGUGAUGGAGAUAGUGAUGCUGAAUGCUUGCCUCAACCACCUCAGCUCUUUCAUUUAAACGAUGAAAAGACGAUGAAUGGAAAAUACUCUGAAUUUUCUUCUGCCCAUGACAUUUCGACUGAGAGUUUGGAAAAAUCGAGACCAUCUAGUUGUAGCUCAACUCCUAGCAACAAUAUUCCAUUAAUGAGAAUUGUGCAGAGUGUUAAACACACAAAGAAACGAGGCUCGCAAGUAUUAAAAGAAGGAUGGAUGGUGCACUUUACAAACCGAGAUCCUUCGAGAAAAAGACAUUAUUGGAGACUCGAUUCCAAAUCGUUAACUUUUUUCCAAAGUGAUACAGGAUCGAAGUAUUAUAAGGAAAUACCUCUUGGUGAAAUUUUGGCAAUUGAACCACCUACAGCUGCCCACACUCAAACGAUGCACUGUUUUGAAUUAAGAACAGCAAAUUUGGAUUACUAUGUGGGAGAAGAUCCAAUGUUUGCUAGUGGAAGUAAUGGUCAAGUUCCUCCUCCGGAAAGUGGAAUUGGCGCACAUUUAGCCAGAUCCUGGGAAACUAGCAUACGACAGGCUCUAAUGCCUGUUACAUCAGCAACGAAUCAAGAACAAUCGACUGAACCAGAAGAAUGCGUAACUGACAUGUCCCAACUCUACCAAAUUUUCCCAGACGAGGUUUUGGGCUCCGGACAAUUUGGAAUCGUCUAUGGAGGAAUUCACCGGAAAUCGGGCAGGGCAGUUGCAAUAAAAGUCAUCGACAAACUUCGCUUCCCGACGAAACAAGAAGCUCAACUGAAAAACGAAGUAGCUAUUCUACAAAAUUUGUCGCACAACGGAGUUGUUAAUUUAGACAGGAUGUUUGAAACCCCCGAGAGAAUAUUUGUCGUGAUGGAAAAAUUGAAAGGAGACAUGCUGGAGAUGAUUCUCAGUUCUGAAAGAGGAAGGCUCAGUGAAAGGAUCACGAAGUUUCUGGUCACCCAGAUUCUAGUAGCCCUGAAACAUCUUCACAGCAAGAACAUAGUGCAUUGCGAUUUGAAGCCAGAAAAUGUCUUAUUGAGCAGUGACAGCGAUUUUACGCAGGUGAAGCUUUGCGAUUUUGGAUUUGCAAGGAUCAUUGGGGAAAAAAGCUUCCGGAGAAGUGUGGUUGGAACCCCAGCUUAUUUGGCGCCUGAAGUUCUUAGAAAUAAGGGAUAUAAUAGGUCUUUGGAUAUGUGGAGUGUUGGCGUUAUUAUUUAUGUCUCGCUCAGCGGUACUUUUCCUUUUAAUGAAGAUGAGGAUAUCAACGAGCAGAUUCAAAAUGCUGCUUUUAUGUAUCCACCUUAUCCUUGGAAGGAGAUUUCUUCGGAUGCUAUUGAUCUGAUCAACAAUUUACUGCAAGUAAAGCAAAGGAAAAGGUACACAGUAGACAAAAGUCUGGCACAUAUUUGGUUGCAGGAUUAUCAAAUGUGGUGUGACCUGAGGGAAUUGGAGGCAAAGGUUGGAAGCAGAUACUUGACUCACGAAAGCGAUGAUGCGCGUUGGGCUUCAUACGCUGAUCAAAGUGCAUGACACAACUUGAUAUCGCCAAUAAAAGUCAUACCCUCAUCGACAACGCCCUUUUUUCGAAAAGGGUGGACUCGCAUUGCUCAAGACACUCUGCGACGUCUCAUUCGUACUUGAAAUUAUUCUCUAAAGUUCGGCGUACUUUAAUGAAAAUAAUUCUAAAAACUUAAACGUUCUUCACAAGAAACGAAAAUCUUCAAACAAGGAAUGAAUCUCUUCAAGAGAUAUUUGGAACUAUGUCAUCCUUCCAAGAUCGUUUAUUAAUUUAUUUAUAUUUUAUACACUUUUUCUUCAAUUUAAACUAAAGCUGAAAGCUUUACUAUAUUUUAAAAUUGAUAUUUUAAUUGAAAAUUGAAAAUUUUCAAACUUUUUAAACCCUUAACAGCAGAUUUUAAUUUUAGAGAUUUUUUAAUUAUAAAAUCCUAUUAAUUAGAUUUUCUUUGUAUAUUGAGUCUUAUUAAAAUAGAAUUCUAUCGAAAUGACUAGAAACUUAAGAAUCUCAAGAAAGGUAAUGUUCUGAAGGAAAUCUUGGGAAAAUCUGUCUCAGAAAUGAGAAAAGAAGAGUGACAGGGUUCCAAUAAAAAAAAUGGCCUGCGCAUAAGUAAGAAUAAUUAAAAUGUAAAGCUUUCGCGUUUUUAAGCUCUUUUGAAUCCCCGCGUAGGUUAAAGUUAAAAAA